CUGUCACCGGGAGAGCCGAGUGCUGAGAACGCCACUGGGUUUUCCCAACUUCGCAGAGUUCUAAUCCAGAGCCGGCAGAGAGGCAUUAUCACGUCCGCCGGAAGGAACCCAUCAUCGGAAAAAUCCACCGCGUGACAAAAGCAAUCGAGCAAGCUCCGCCGGUUGUCCAACGGCGAGUGCUUCGAUUCCGUAGGCGUUCGUCCCUCGCUGUUUGUAGAGGAUUUCUGACCUCUCUUUCUUACGGGCUGUUUGCAUCUGCUGUUUUGGGGAGAGAGAUUCUGGCUGUUCUUCAAUCCCAUUCUGCACCAUGGCUUUCAUGCCUGGUACAACGAUUGUUCUUCCUCAGAAGCUGAAAGUGCAGUUUGGGCUUUCUCAUCCCAGAAGAUCCGAAUUCGUGACAGGCGAAUUCCACCAAGGCCUCAGUUCUAUCGACUCCUUCCAGCCCACUACAUCGAAACUCCCUCUUCCAUUAUCAAGAAAGUUGCGGCAUACUCGUGCAUUGGUUGCCUCAAGAGAGUACCCUCAGAAUGCCGACUUCCCUAGAUACUACGGUAGAAAGGAGAAGAAGCCCUUUCCAAUACCAGUAGUGGAGUUAAGACGAAAUGCCAGGCAGAGGCUCAAAGACAGGAAAGGCAAACCCAAAGGCCGCCCCCCUCCUCCAAAGCAAGGGCUGGUUGUCCAAAGCCUUGUCCCUCUCGCUUAUGAUGUCUACAAUGAGAGGAUCACGCUGAUAAACAACAUCAAGCGGUUGUUGAAAGUGGUCCACGUCCAUGCCUGCGGGUGGUGUGAUGAGAUCCACGUAGGGCCUGAAGGGCACCCGUUCAGCUCUUGUAGAGGCAAGUACACUAGUGUCCGGAAGGGACAUCAUGAGUGGACAAAUGCAGUUGUUGAAGACAUACUCGUCCCAGUCGAAGCAUACCACCUCUACGAUCGUUUGGGGAAUCGAAUUCGACAUGACGAGAGAUUCACAGUCCCCAGGAUCCCGGCUGUGGUCGAGCUAUGCAUCCAAGCAGGAGUCAACAUUCCUGAUCUCCCAACCAAAAGGAGGAGAAAGCCAGUGGUUUGGAUCGGCAGAAAAGAAUUCGUCGAUGCAGAUGAGAGUGAGCUUCCUGACCCAGUCCCGGAGCCUCCUCUGAAGCCAUUGCUGUCUGAAAUCCCCAACUCCGAGAUAGUUCCUCCAUCGAGCCAAGAGGAAACGACGUUACUGGCUGAGGAAACCUUAGCAGCUUGGGAUAAAAUGAGGAAAGGUUCCAACCGGCUGAUGAAAAUGUACCCGGUUCGAGUAUGUGGCUACUGCCCCGAGAUCCAUGUUGGACCGAGCGGGCAUAAGGUGCAGAUAUGUGGAGCACACAAGCAUCAGCAACGAAAUGGGCAGCACGGUUGGCAGGCUGCUGUGCUCGACGAUUUGAUACCUCCGAGGUUCGUGUGGCAUCUCCCUGAACCGAUUGGGGAGCCAUUGAAACGUGAGCUGAGGAGCUUCUAUGGACAGGCGCCUGCUGUCGUGGAGAUGUGCGUGCAAGGUGGCGCUGCUGUGCCGGAGGAGUAUAAAACUACUAUGAGGUUGGAUAUUGGGAUUCCUUCUAGUAGCAAAGAAGCUGAAAUGGUUGUUUGAGGUUCUUCAGAAGCUCUGCAACAUAAUGCAGAUCUGGAAAUGUACAGAAUAUUUGACAUGAGGGAUCGAACUAAUGGUAAUCUGCG